AUUCGAAAUGCUUGAUCUUGUCGACUUUAUCAGUGAUCGUGGUGGAGAUCCAAAUAAGAUCAAGGAAAGCCAGAGGAGGAGAUUUGCUCCAGAAAGUGCGGUAGAUGAGGUUAUCUCCUUGUACGAGGAAGCUCGAAGGGCUCGUUACGAGGUUUCUCAAAUAAAUUCGCAGAUCAACGGCCUCCUCAAGGAUAUUGGGAAAAAGAAGAAGAAUAAGGAAGAUGCAAGCAACCUCUUGGAAGAAAAGGUUGCCCUAGAGAAGCGUAGGAAGGCGGCAGAGGAACUUGCUGUGGAAAAGGAGACCCUCAGGGAUAGAAAAAUUAAAACCAUUGGCAACUAUGUUCAUGAAUCGGUUCCCGUGAGCGACAAUGAGGAUAAUAACGCCAUCGUCAGAACAUGGUCCCCGGAGAAUUUCGUUCCCGAAAAACCGGAUUGCCUUUCGCAUCAUGAAGUCCUUACUCGCCUUGAUGGUUACGACCCGGAGCGUGGCGUCAAAAUCGUCGGCCACCGCGGAUAUUGUUUGACAGGUUACGGCCUCUUUUUGAAUCUUGCGCUUGUGAAUUAUGGCCUCGAAUUCCUUUGGAAAAAGGGCUAUACUCCAAAUCAGCCUCCCCAGUUCAUGCUCAAGGAGAUGAUGGCAAAAACCGCCCAGCUUGAACAAUUCGACGAAGAGCUUUAUAAGGUCACGGAGAGCGAGGACAAAUCCACUGAUAAAUAUCUUAUUGCUACCUCCGAGCAACCGCUUUCCGCAUUACAUGAUAGUGAAUGGCUCCAAGACAAGGACCUUCCGAUCAAAUACGCUGGGUAUAGUACAUGCUACCGAAAGGAGGCUGGCGCCCAUGGCAAGGAUGCUUGGGGUAUCUUCCGCGUCCAUCAAUUCGAAAAGAUUGAACAGUUCGUCCUCAUAAAGCCCGAGGAUUCCUGGAAAGCCUUCGACGAAAUGAUCGCGACGUCUGAGGAGUUUUACAAGUCGCUUGGGCUUCCUUACCAAGUCGUAUCCAUUGUUUCUGGUGCUUUAAACAAUGCAGCAUCGAAGAAAUAUGAUCUCGAGGCCUGGUUCCCUUUCCAGCAGGAAUACAAGGAGCUAGUUUCUUGCUCCAAUUGUACCGAUUACCAGGCUAGGGCCUUGGGAAUUCGAUAUGGCGCGAAGAAAACCACCGAUGUCAAGAAAUCUUAUGUUCAUGCGCUGAAUGCUACACUGUGUGCCACAGAACGAACACUUUGCUGUGUUCUUGAGAACUACCAAACAGCUGAAGGAUUUGUUGUUCCUGAGGUCCUGAGAAAAUAUAUCCCCGGCGCCCCCGAGUUCCUUCCCUUUACCAAGGAACUUCCAAAGGACAGCACCUCAAAUAAAUCUCGACCAAAGCCUGCCCCUAAACCUCAGAGCAACGCCGACGAUGCUUCCAAGAAGCUAGAAAGCAUGCAGUUAUAAUUUCGGUCCUGGUUCCCUUUACCAAACUCAGAGUCCUUCAACCAGUUUCCAGACUUAUGGGAGACCUCUUGAAAUCGGGGCGCGGCUCGGAAAUUGCCGAUAUUCGUUGAGGAAUAAUAUAUCUCUUUGGUCUCUCUAGAAGCGCAUUUCCUCAGUUCUAAAGUGUGAUAGGAUACCCUCUAAGCCCAUAGUAUAGCUGUCAGAUUUACAACUAG